UAGGUUCUAGCCUGGUUCUAGCCGACUCCGUGUUGCAUGGCAUGGCCGCGCUCAUAAACCAACUUAAACAAACAUGGUUGGAUGUUUGAAGGUGAUCAAGUCGCCAGAAGAAAAUGAAAAAUGCCGGACAUUCCUUUUGGAUGACCAGGAUCAUACGCUAGGAAACGCUCUUCGGUAUAUGAUAAUGAAGAACCCACAAGUGAAGUUCUGUGGCUAUGCAAUACCGCACCCCUCUGAAAGGAAGGUGCAUCUUCGAAUAGAAACCUAUGGCACAACUGCAGUUGAGGCACUGAAAAAGGGCUUGCAAGACCUGCAUGAGAUGAGUGAGCACAUCCUGAAGGAGUUUGAGGUGUUAAUUUUCUGUUACAGAAAAUGGUGGAGAAGCACAAAGCAAAGAACACAAUGAAUGUUGAAUGAUAUACUUUAUUUGUUAAGCCUGUUC